GGUCAUACUGGCAGUGACAUAAUUUUGAAACAACACAAUAAUUGACUGCUUAAUUUGGUUACCAAAUUGUCAUGAAACUAAGAUGGCAAAUGGUAAAUGGAUGUCUACGCCAGCAAUGGCGAAACCAUACAAAUAUUAUAACUGCAUCAGCCGCCCCAGUAACCGCUUCUGAACUUAAAGUAAACAAAUCCACUGCACGUGAAACUUUCGUGGAGCGAGUCGAACGCGGUCCUGGACUGAAGGAUUUCUUUACUGUGAGGCCCAAACAACGACUGAUUGAGGACAACGAGAUUUCAGAUACCAGCAAUAAUAUACCUUAUUUGAAUGCUAUAGAUUACAAUGGUCAUGGCAGAAAGGUGUACUUUGAAAUCUACGGCUGCCAGAUGAACUCAAACGACACUGAAGUUGUGUGGAGCUUGUUGCAAGAGCAUGACUAUCAACGUAGUAAGGAUGUGGCUGACGCUGAUGUGAUAAUGCUGAUCACCUGUGCUGUGCGUGAUGGCGCUGAGAAAAAGAUCUGGAACCGUUUGAAGCAUCUACGGGCGCUCAAAGAUCGGCGAGGACACAAAAGACCGCUACAAUUAACACUUUUGGGUUGUAUGGCAGAGCGAUUGAAGGAGAAACUUAUCGAGCAGGAGCAAUGUGUCGAUGUCAUUGCGGGUCCCGAUAGCUAUAAGGAUUUACCAAGACUGCUAGCUGUAGCUCGACACUAUGACAAUGCGGCAAUCAAUGUGCUGCUCUCUUUAGAGGAGACAUAUGCAGAUGUGAUGCCGGUGCGGCUAAACUCCGAAUCCCCAACAGCUUUUGCCUCAAUUAUGCGCGGAUGUGAUAACAUGUGCUCCUACUGCAUCGUGCCUUUUACACGUGGUCGCGAACGUUCCCGUCCUCUCACGUCGAUCGUACGCGAGGUCAAGAACCUCCAGCAACAGGGAGUCAAGGAAGUGACUCUGCUUGGACAAAAUGUUAACUCCUAUAGAGACAGAAGUGGCGAACCUGCAGGAAAAAUUGAUAAUAACGUGGUGCCUGGGUUUAGCACUGUUUAUAAACCUAAAACUGGUGGACUGCCAUUCUCAACGCUGCUGCAAAAUGUUGCCGAGGCUGUUCCGGAAAUGCGGAUACGUUUCACAUCGCCACAUCCGAAGGAUUUCUCCGAUGAUGUACUUCACAUCAUUCGAGAUUAUCCCAAUGUCUGCAAACAGUUGCAUUUGCCUGCCCAAUCUGGUAGCACUUCGGUGCUGACCAGAAUGCGACGCGGCUACACUCGGGAAGCUUACAUGCAGCUAGUGGAACAUAUUCGUGGCAUACUGCCAGAUGUGGGCCUUUCAAGUGAUUUCAUUUGCGGCUUCUGCGGCGAAACGGAGGACGAGUUUGAAGACACAAUUUCGUUGAUCCGCAGUGUACGCUACAAUGUGGCGUUUCUGUUUGCCUACAGCAUGCGCGAGAAAACAACGGCGCAUAGACGGUACGUGGACGAUGUUCCAUCCGAGGUAAAGACGGCCAGGUUAAAACGCAUGGUAGAGGCAUUCCGAGAAGGUGCCACAAAAUUGCACAGACACUUUGAGGGUCGGGAACAGCUCAUCUUAGUUGAGGGCAAAAGCAAACGUUCCGACAACUAUUGGUUUGGGCGCAACGACGCCAACAUCAAAGUUAUUGUGCCGGCAACAGCUUUGCCAUUGACACAGAACAGUGGGCAGCUUAAGGACAUCAAUGUAGGUGAUUUUGUAGUCGCCAAAGUUGUGGACUCAAACUCCCAAGUUCUGAAAGGUAUUCCGCUACGCUACAGCAGCAUUUGCGAUUACCACAACAGUAGCAAAACCAGAUUAAAGCAAGUUCAAUAA